CUUGCAGCGCAUGCGCAGCGAGCCGAUUUCAGCUUGGCCGCACGAUAUUCCUUGUUUCUUCCUGCUUCGGGACGGCCUUCCUUAGGUGCCCCUUCGGGAACGCCGAGGCCGGUACCGGAGGGACCGGUGUCUGUCUGUCACACUCCCCACCCCCAGGCACCUUUUACGGCGGGUGGCUUGUUUUGGAACCUCCCCGCCCCCACCCGAUUCCCGUCAAGGGAGAGCGCGCGCCGCGCCCCAGGAGCCAAUCAGCAGCCGCCCUAGGUGAGCAUGUCUGAGUCUGGCCACAGUCAGCCUGGACUCUAUGGGAUAGAGCGGCGCCGACGGUGGAAGGAGCCUGGCUCUGGUGGUCCCCAGAAUCUCUCUGGGCCUGGUGGUCGGGAGAGGGACUACAUUGCACCCUGGGAGAGAGAGAGACGGGAUGGCAGUGAAGAAACGAGCACUUCCGUCAUGCAAAAAACCCCUAUCAUCCUCUCGAAACCUCCAGCAGAGCGGUCAAAGCAGCCACCACCUCCAACUGCCCCUGCUGCGCCACCUGCUCCAGCCCCUCUGGAGAAGCCCAUUGUCCUCAUGAAGCCACGGGAGGAGGGGAAGGGGCCUGUGGCUGUGACAGGUGCCUCUACCCCUGAUGGCACUGCCCCACCACCUCCUGCAGCCCCUGCACCACCCAAGGGAGAGAAGGAGGGUCAGAGACCUACGCAGCCUGUGUAUCAGAUCCAGAACCGGGGCAUGGGCACUGCCGCACCAACAGCCAUGGACCCUGUUGUGGGCCAGGCCAAACUACUGCCCCCGGAGCGUAUGAAACACAGCAUCAAGUUGGUGGAUGACCAGAUGAAUUGGUGUGACAGUGCCAUUGAGUACCUAUUGGAUCAAACUGACGUGUUGGUGGUUGGUGUCCUGGGCCUUCAGGGGACAGGCAAGUCCAUGGUCAUGUCAUUGUUGUCAGCCAACACUCCAGAGGAAGACCAGAGGGCAUAUGUUUUCCGGGCCCAGAGUGCUGAAAUGAAGGAACGAGGGGGCAACCAGACCAGUGGCAUAGACUUCUUCAUCACCCAAGAACGGAUUGUCUUCCUGGACACACAGCCUAUCCUGAGCCCCUCCAUCUUGGACCAUCUCAUCAAUAAUGACCGCAAACUGCCUCCAGAGUACAACCUUCCCCACACCUAUGUUGAGAUGCAGUCACUCCAGAUUGCCGCCUUCCUCUUCACGGUCUGCCAUGUGGUGAUUGUCGUCCAGGACUGGUUUACAGACCUCAGUCUGUACAGGUUCCUCCAGACAGCAGAGAUGGUGAAGCCCUCCACUCCGUCCCCCAGCCACGAGUCCAGCAGUUCAUCAGGCUCUGAUGAAGGCACUGAGUACUAUCCCCACCUGGUCUUCCUACAGAAUAAAGCUCGCCGGGAGGACUUCUGUCCUCGGAAGCUGCGGCAAAUGCACUUGAUGAUCGACCAGCUCAUGGCGCAUUCCCACUUGCGUUACAAGGGUACUCUGUCCAUGUUACAGUGCAAUGUCUUUCCUGGGCUCCCGCCUGACUUCCUGGACUCUGAGGUCAACUUGUUCCUGGUGCCCUUCAUGGAUAGUGAAGCAGAAAGUGAGACCCCACCAAGGGCAGGGCCUGGUUCCAGCCCACUCUUCUCCCUGCUGCCUGGGUACCGUGGCCACCCUAGUUUCCAGUCUUUGGUGAGCAAGCUCAGGAGCCAAGUGAUGUCCAUGGCUCGGCCACAGCUGUCACACACAAUCCUUACUGAGAAGAACUGGUUCCACUAUGCUGCCCGGAUCUGGGAUGGGGUGAAAAAGUCUUCUGCUCUGGCAGAGUACAGCCGCCUGCUGGCCUGAUGCCAAGGGGAGGAGAACGCCAUGCAGGGAGCCUCCUGGGUCCUCAGUGGACAGUGAGGAGCACACACGUCCUUCCCCUGGUGGGGUGGAGAGUGGAGCAGACCUGACGGAUGAGGGAUCGUGACUUCCCCGCCCAGAGACAUGAGGUGUCCAGGACCAGGCUCUGCACCCUCAAUUCCUGGGGGUUUGCUCAAGGGGUGACUUUAAGAGAUCCCACCCCAACAUGGGAUGAGCAGCCUAUCCUAAGUCCCCCAUAGGGACAGGCAGUGGGAGGAGUUAAAGUGGUCAUCAGGAAGCCCCAAGCCUUGUCUUGACUCCCUCUUUAGGGACAGGAGCAUCAGGCCCCUCUCCCAGGCUCCAGGACCUUCCCUGGAAGGUGAGAUGGGAUCUAGAGUGCUCUGUAUUGGGGUGGAUCUGGUGGUUUGAAUAAACAUGGUCAUGCAAGUC